AUGUUGGACACAGAGUCUAGGCUGAAGUACGGCCACGAGAAGGAAGAAAACAAUGUGAUGAAGCAAAAUGAAAUUGAAAUUCUUUUUGAUAUCACUAUCUCAUGGGGAAGAAUCAUCUCCAUCUUUAUGGCCCGCCAGGACCAUCUGAAGAAGAAUCUCCUGGAAGAGGAAAACCUCACUGACGAAAUCCCGCGACCAAAAAACUACUGGACACAUUAG